AUGGCGUUUCCGAACCUGUGCCCAGUCUGUGGGGGGCAGUACUCGCUAGUUGCGGAGGCCAGGCGCUUCGUUCUCUUGCAACUUCCAAGCCGCAAGAGCUGCAACCUUGCCAAUGACUCAGUCGUUUCCCUGCACCCUCUGGGCUGUGCCACCCGCCGCAGCCGCACAUCUCCCGCCUCUCACCGGUUCCCGGCGUCUCGGGGCAGCGCCGCCCGUCCCAGGGGAGCCGCUGGCGCACCUGGCGCCUCGGGCGCCCGGGCCCUGCGCGCUGGUGGCCACACCGCCCGGCGCCCAGCUGCUGCGCGCUCCCUCCCCAAACACUUAAGUGGAGUGGCUUGUCUAGCGCCCAGCGAACAACAUUAUCCAAUUGCUUCCCGUUUUAUUCGCAGGCUGGGAGCUGAGAGAGCCUGA